GCGGACGCCUGCAGACAUUUGGGCUUUUCAAAAAUCGUUUUCUAAGUAUAAUCGCGAGUUUUUAUUGAACUUUUUCGCAUAUUAUGGUGCAUUGUGUGUCCAACUAACUGUUUAUUGUGGUUUUUGGAGGUUUCGUUGGAUAAAUUGUCCAAAUGGCAAGUGAUAUAGGCAUAUUAUGGCUCAAUGUCGUUCCCACUUAAAAGUAAAGGAGUCAUUGAGAGUGAAAAAUACUAUUUAUGCUAAUAAAGACGACAGCGGCUGUGAUACCUGCCAAGAAGAAAGUUUAAUUGACAGUAACCUGCUUGAAGUGGAUGGUGACACCGACCCAGCUGACCCUAGCUUAAAGAGCCCUCGCAAGCAGCGAGCACCCUCCUCAAUCACUCUCCGGUCAUCUCACAGAGGCAGACCUGAACAGGCUUUACCUGAUGUCGGAAAAACGGGGUCAUCUCCCACCACACAUUCCAACAUGAAAACCAAACAGGUCAAAGAUGAGUCGGACAAGAGUAUCGAUGAGGACACUAUCAUAGAACCCAAGACCCGCGCUCGCAAGAAGGCAUCUGACAUAAUUGAAGAGGAAAAAAAUAAACCCGGUCAAGAUGAGCCGAAGACAUCGAAAGACUUAAAAAAACCUGUGGCCAAACCCAAGGCAGUCGUGAAGAAGCGACCUCUGGGCAUCAGGAAGGCUUUAAGGAGCAAAAAAACUGUGGUAUCAAAAGACAAAAUCAAAGCUGUAAUCAGACAGACUGUAACUCGAGGAAGAAAAGCUGCAGUCAAGCCUGCUUCUGGCAACUCUCAAGAAAAGGAAACCGUCCCAUUGAUUCCUAUCACCGAGAUCAAGAAGGAGCCUGUGGAAGAGGCCACACCGAACUCAAGAUCAUCAAGUCCUAAAACAGCUGGCAGAAGGCAGCGGCUCACAUCUGACAUGGUCAUGAUGAAAUCAGUCCUCGCAGACUCCCCGAGCAGCCUGGUGCUGGGACCACGGACUAGCCCAUAUUCGAUGCGAUCUGAAAGAAGUAACAGCCCAUUACUUUCGGAAGGGAAAAACCUUAGAAGCGGAAAACCAAGAAAAGUUAAAAGCAACUUAUUGAAUGAAGUUGUUAUGAAAGAGCAAAAGAAAAGGCGUCGAUUGCUCUCUGACUCAAAAGCUGAUGCCACAGAAGCUAGUGAAGACUGCAAGAAAUCGAAAAGGGGACGCUCCUGUUCCAGAGACGGCAGUGAGAUAUCCAAAUGCUCGGACAUCACUGAAUCAGACAUAAGUCUGAGUGAACCAAUCAAUGAUGCGGACGGCAAGGAGCUCAACAAAAAAUUAGAUAAAUCUAAGACUGACCUAGAUAUAGAUAUUGAAAAUAAUGUACAGAUCUCGACUACUGAAAAAGUGCCUUCUCUUACUGUUGACUCCAAUAUAGCUGAAACCAAAAUAGAUGCAGAACCUAGUUGUGUCGACAUUGAAAAAAAUAAGAAAAAAUUGAGCUUAAAAAGAAGUACUUCAUUAGACUCGGACAACAAUAAUAGUAAUAGGCUAAAAUUAGAGAAUUUAAAUUCGUCAGAUAUAGAACAGAAAAUAUUGAUGAAGACUGAAAAUAAUACGCUUUUUGAAGCUCGUAGUAGUAUACUGACUAGUAUGUCCAAGACUUUUAAUUCAAAGGAGAUGUCUAAAAAUAUCAGAAAAGCAAGAAGGGGGAGGAAAGCGGCGGCCACUCCGCGGCCCGCCCCGAGCGCGCCCAAGAGCUCCGCGCCCGUCGUCGCCAGCGACUCCACAGAAGACAAGCAAGAGACUCUCGAAACAUUAUCAAAGGAAAUCGACGACUUAAUUAAUAAUCUAGACCAGAACAUCGACCGUGAUCAUGAAAUGGCAACCGCUACAAACCCGGUCGAAAAUAUUUUAGAAGAAACACAGACCAAAACGGUCUCUAAAUUUUAUGGAAUAUCAAAGCCUCUCGGUGAUAAUAAUAGCAUAAUAACUCCUGAAACUCCAGUUAAAGAUAAAGAUUCGAUAUCAUCGGUGACGAAUGAAAAUACGCCUUCCAAGAAUGAUGAUAGCGAAAAUAUUAGACUGCACUAUGAAGAAGAUUCAGUUGAGAAAUCCACUGAUACCAAACACACUGAAAUAACUUAUAAAAAAGUUAAUCCUGUAGCUAGCAUUGAUAAAUUGAUGGACAGACUGAAGGAGUUUGAAGAAUUUGAUAAAAGAAGACAAAGACAAGAAUCUGAAUCCAAAUCAAGUGACAACAAGUCAGUUAUGGUUUCAAAUGAUGUUGUAUUAAUUCCAAAAUCUGGAGCUGAAAUAAAACCAUUGAAGGACAUUCAGUCUGUAAGGUCACCUGAAAGACCUUUUGAAAAAGAGAAUGUAUUAAGUUGUUUCGAGAAUAAUUCAGCUAUAUCAAUAGUCAAAAGGGAUCAAGUUAGAAAGUCUGUAGAUAUUGACUUCACCAAUUCUGUUACUUUAAUCAAAAGGAAUAGCAUAAGUGCUAGAAAAGAAUCAACUAGUUCCAAUCAUUCGAAAGAGUCAGAUGCAAUCAGCAUUUUUGAGAAGUCUUUGGGCAAGGAUGUAACAUUGACUGAGAUCAGGAAAUCCGUGGACAAGUCUGCACCAGCUGCUCAGAUUGAUAAACAUCAGUUGGCAACAGUCCAACCAAAUAAUGCAAGCCAAAACUUGGGAGGUGUAGUUUUGGACUCCAAUCAGAUCUCUAUAACUCCUAGAGUGGUUAACGACCCUAAAAUUAGCAAUAAUGAGGUCAAAAUAAUCACAAAACGGAAGUCUAGAGAAUCCAUAUCUAGGAAAUCGUCGGAGUCUGCAAAUGAGUCUGAAGAGAAGAUGGCUACGUUGGAAAAGAUAAAAUCGCCGGUGCAUCAGAUGAAGUCUCCGCCCCUGCCCUUACCUACGGCACCUGUGGCGGCCAAGUCCGAGGCCUCGCAGCCGAUAGAGACAGAAGCUCUUCCUCCACCUAUCGAAGAGUUAAAAGCAUUACCUGAAGAUACAUCCCUGACCACAGAGAUCUCAAAGGUUGAAGGCACACCAAUAACAGAGGCUCAAAAGCCUGAACCUGUUGUGACGAAACUGGUUGAUCCGGCGCCUAUAGUGGAGGCUAAGAUUGACGACAAAUCGCCAAGUCCUGCCAUCACCCAGGAAGAUAAAAGUCUGAAGCAAUCUCCUGAAAAGAUGGCGGUUGAUGAAAAACCUGACGAUGCCAAAGUAGAAGAGACGAAACAGGUUCCGAGUGAGGAAAACAAGAUCAAAGCAACUAUGGAGAAAACCCCACCUGUUGAGCCUGCGAAACCCGUCCGUAGUACGAGUAGAAACAGCAAGUCUGCUCGGAAUUCUAUAGAAUGUCAAGCUGGUCCCAGCAACGUCUUGCAAGAGACUCCCGAGAGUCAGAAGCGCAAGGAAAACGUUUUACGGACGCUGGGCUUGCUGACGCACAAGGCAGCUAAGGAGGCGAAAAUUGAGAAAUUGAAGGAAAAAGAGCGCAUAUACAAGAGUAAAGCCGCGAAGUCCGCUUCGGGAGCGAGUGUCGUGCACACUGGAAGUCUGAAGGCUGUGAUAAAAAUUAACAGGAACUCUGGGGACAAGGAUAAGAAGAGGUAUAGGAGUUCCUUGAAGAUGACCUUCCAGAAAAGCAAGAAUCGAUCCGGGAAGCUGGCUCCGGACGGUGGCGAUGCGGCUGAUGAUGACGACACUUACUACACGAUAGAGAGGCGCGAGGGCGGCGCGGGCGCAGCUUCCGAUGGUGGGCACAGAAAGUCACAUUACAGUAAUCGACUUAACAAUCAUGAAACAGAAGCGGUCCCCGAGCCGUCUGAACCCAAGGAGACCCUGAACCUGGUGAUCCCGGAGAAGGCUUCUUCGUUCAGCAUCCACCCGGGCCGGCUAUGCCAGGAUCAGUGCUUCUACUGCGGAGGGAAGUUCGGACUGUUCGACACGCCCUGCCAUAUCGCCCAGAUGAAGAGCGCUGAGAGGCAGAAGAAGGUUUUGGACAACGAGGAGAAGCUGACGAGCGACAGCUGUUUAUGCGACGCGUGCUUCCGCCACGUGGACCGGCGCGCCAACUGCCCGUCCUACCGCAAGCGCCCGCUUGUCAAGCAGCCUACCGAUACCCUGAUGAUGACCUCGGCUCUCGACGUGAGUCAGCCCGAGAAGCCUCCGAGCCCUACCGAGGAGGAGAGCGAGGAGGAACCGACUCCAGGCGAGGCUGGGCGCCGCGCCACGUGCCACACCGAGGCCUGCGCCGCGCCCGCCGACCACUCCAUCCGCCGCAAGUGGCUCAUCAAGAUGCGCUCCAGCGUCAACAAAGUGCUAAAGCUAGAAUGCGACUACCCAGGCCUCCACACGAUCCCGCUGUGCGCGGAGCACCACCGCGCGCUGGCGCCGCUCAUGGCCUGCCGCCUGUGCCGCCGCCGCAUCACCAAGCACCACAACGUGCACUUCAUACACCACGGCUACCUGGAGUUGAAUCCGUUACUGAAAGAGGCGGGAAUCCCGGUGCAGUUUACAGAGCGGCCUUUGCUAUGUAAAGUGUGCCGCUUUUACUGCACGCUGCUGCAGCGCUCGGGACAUGACGACAACCAAGCCAAGGGCUAUCGACGCAAGUUACUUCAAAUACACAACGUGGCGGUGCCCCCUGAAAUCCAAAAUGAGCCGAUGGACGCUAUUAUGCAGGAUGAGAGCAUCGCCAAUAAACAGAAGAAGAAGCAACGCAUCAAGUCCAAACAGAGGAAAUCCUCCGACCCUGACAAGACGGGAGACAGCGAAUCCUCAGAGAGAACCACGCCUCACGACGAAGGCUCCUCCCCUGAGAAAGUCAAGGACGAACAAAGGACCGCCCAACCCCUCGAAGAAGACAUUGAAAGCCUGAUCUCCUCAAACAAAAUCCUAGUUCCUGGAGCCAAACCUCCUUCAGAACCAAACGCUCAGAGUGACGGAUCAGAGUCCGAAACAUUAGACAUGGAUAUGCCUCUCCUGCCUUUAGAUAAACAGACAGAGCUUCAAUAUUUGCUGCAAAAGCAAAACAACCCGGCGCAGUUCCUGCAGAAAACGCAGGUUCUGAACAAAACUGCGAAUUUGACGCAGAAGCAGAGAGAUAUUAUGAAGCUGCAAGCCAUGUCUGGUGUACAUAAACCAGGUCAACAGCAGAGAAUUAAUGACAAAAACGCCAAGAGAAUACACAAAUUGGGUCAAAUAGUCGCCCACAAAGACAAGACCGUCCGAAAGGACGACCUAGAAAUAUUCGACCCGGAUAAAUGCAAAGAUGGAGGCAUACCUGUACUCAAAAACAUAUCCCUAAACGACGAGUGCACCAUAGAAACUAUCCCUAACAAGAAACCAGCAGAUAUCAACACCCUCAAAAACAAAUGGCAAAUGUCGGAAAGUUUCACUCAGGUGAAGAAAAACCUUAGUGAAUUAUCAAAGAAACUAUCAACGGGUGAGGCUAAAGAGCAGAAGAAAAGUGACAUGAAAUACUCAAAUCCUGUUCGUCGUCUAGAGACCAAUCCUUCCAUAUCCGUCCGGGAAUUGUUCCCAGGUGAAGAGGAGAUGAACUUACAAUGUAAUAUAGAGUUCAAUAAUGUGAAAGGUGUGACACCCGAGGGCUGGGAGAAAUGCUCCAGCGUGAUUCAGUACGACGCUGAUACGAGGCGUCUGUGGCACGAGCUGCAGCGGCCCUAUGGGAACCAGUCUUCCUUCCUACGCCAUCUGCUGCUGCUAGAGAAAUAUUUCCGCAGCGGGGACCUAGUAUUGGCCCACGGCGCCGCGCCUCACGCUGCCAUGUACAGCGAUUCAGUCCAGGCCCGGCUCCGAGCAUAUGACAACAUUCCCAGCGAGCCCAGACGAGACGCACCCGUCAGCCUUAUCGAAUACCGCAAGAAACCAUCUGUAAACGGAAAAAGUCUCCUCAAAUCAAACCAAGACAGCGACAAAGACCCGAAGAAGUCAAUGCCGCCGCCCCCAGGCGUGCUACCCAAGCCGAAAUCCAAGUCCAGCGAGAAGUCAAAGUCUAAGGCACUGCCACCAGAGCUGAUAGCGAUUAAUACUCCCAACGCUCAAGGCCGCAAAGCGAUUCAGAACGUUCUGCACAAUAUUCAGCAGCUAGUGAAGGGUGUAUCGGCGUCGGAUCCUACUGAAGUGGCAGCGGCGCCUUUGCCUCCGCCCAUGCCGCCGGCGCCGGUGCCGAUAACGCCGGUGCCGGUGAAAGAGGCGCCGCGGGACAAGAAGGAGGGGCCUAAAGCGGACACGCCCAAGAAACAGAAGACUAGCAGCAAGCCGUGGCGGCCUACGCUCAUGCCUAUUACUGCGGAGAACCUAGCGAAGAUCGCCCGCGAGCCCACACAAGUGGCGGUCGACGGGCGCGCGCUGCCGUCCUUAGUACAGGUGAUGUCUUCGGGCACGCGCUACCACAUCACGCUGCAGGACUACAACAAGAUGUGCGUCAUGCGUCGCGAAAAACUCCAACAACUCCAAGACGGCCGCCGCGACAACGAGCCCGUCGUCACUGAAAUACAACCCUCCACCCUCCUCGGCAACGGGGGCACCCUCGUCCAAAACAUCCCCCAGGACGACAAAACCCCCGACAAAGCCGACCCCGAAAUCAUCGUCCAACCCAUCGGCUCCAACGCCGCGAACAUUCUCAAGAACGUCGGCCUGAAGAACAUCACGAUCGCGCCCAUCCCGCCGAAGACGGCCACCGUCACGUCGCAGACGGCGCCCGCGCCCUUCGUGACGUCGCCGUCGCUGCUCGUGACGUCGACGCCGGUCAAGCUGCCGCAGCUGGGCCCGGCCGUGUCCGUCACGAGCGAGACGGUCCCGGCGGUGUCUCCCGUAGUCGCGGCGAGCCACAUGGUCCUGCCGAAGAUCCCGAAGUCCCUGACGGUGAUCCCGCAGACCGUAGCGGCGCCCGAGCCCCGCCCAUAACGAAGCCUGAUCUUCGUGGUGGUGUAGCGACCGCCCGCGACUGCGCGCGAGUGACGUCACGCCGUGCGAGUGACGCGGCGUUGUGCAGUCGGACUCCUAGUGUAUCGAACCCCGUAAAUUAUUGAUGACGCCUAUUCUCGUGUCGCGUGUGGUGUAGUGUAGUGCCGGACGGUGUGCGCCGCCGAGGCGAUGCAAUAUGAUAAGUGAGACACCGGUUGAGCCUUAUAAUUAUACUGUGUAUUAUAGUAGUGUAGGAGGACGUUUUUGAGCGCUGUGAAUUAUGGUGACGAGGAUCGUGUUGAAUAUAUUGUACUCUCAAAUAUUAGGUUUUAUUAUUUUAUUUUGUGCAAAUGAUACGAAGGUCUUUGUGAAUUACGAUUCGUUUGUUUCAUGUCGUGUUUUAAAUUGGAACCACCUAUAUUUAUGGUACACUUCCUGUGAGAACCUGAUAUGUUCAUGAGUAAAGUGAUGAUAGUAAAAAAUAUUUUAUGAUAGAAGAAAUAUUUUCCUACAAUAGCUAACUAAAUCACUAUUCUUUCUAUAUAUGUAUAAUAAUAUACUUACAUAUUAGGGAUGCUAGGAACGUAAUCAUUAAAUUAAGAUAUCCCAUGAACUGUCGUAAAUAUUGUAUAUUAUUGUAUCAAAUAGUUACAUAACUGUACUGCCAAUUAUUGAUGAGUCAUAAGACUAAAACAAAUAGUAUAAUAUAUCCAUGUAAGCAACACAAACUGUAGAGAAAAUAUACAUUCAAAAUUCUCUAGUCAGGUUUUACAAUGCAUUUAUAAUUUAUUUGAAUAAUUCACGAAGAAACCCGCUGCCCCGCACCUCGUAUCAUUUGCGUGAAUGUAGACAAUUAUUAUGUAUAGAUAUGUAUAGCAUUAACGAUAUGUUGUAUAUCAUUGGAGCAUAUUUUUCCAUUGUUGUAUUUUAAGAUUUCCUACUGAAUAACCUAUGUACGCAAUAGAAUAAUAUAGAACACUAAAACUACCAAAAAAUGUCUUUUCACCCACUAAACAAAUUCUACCUACCUACAUUUAAACUGUAUGAAUGAACUCUUAUUCAUCACAAUUUACACUAUCCUCAUUGUAAACUAAUAAAGAAUAAGUAUUGAAAAUGACAUUGGUCCUUAUUUAGAUGUAACUUUUAUUAUACAUUAUUAUAGUAAACCCACAUAACAUACAUUGAUGAAUGAUAAUUACUUAUAUUAAAUGAUCUUACUAUUGACAGAGUACCAGGAGUAAAUUAAUGGUACACACAACAAAAUUACAAAGAAGUGAUUAAAUUCGUGCCUAAUUAAGGUAACAAUUUAAUAAAUACAUAGUGUAUGUUACAUACAUAGCACAGCAGACAUG